AUGGAAGAAAACCAACACAGUCAAGAUGCAGAUGGUCAAAGAAAAUGUCAACCACAUGUUUAUCAUCAACAACAUUACAAUGAACGUAUGAUCAGUAUUCAACGGAAAUGGUCAGAACAAGGUGAAACGUGGAUUGAUUAUGUGGUAAAACAACAACGUGAACAAUUUCACAAAACAAGAUCAAACGAGUAUGAUGUAUUAUACGAGAUGCUUAAUAGUGGUCCGCAACUAGCCAUUACAUUAGAAGAAGAAGAUCGUACAUUGUUAUUAUCCAAAUUAUAUAAUAUAAGGAAACAAUUACGCGUAAAAAUGGAAUCAAAACCAUGGUCAUCAUCGUCGAGAUCAGUAAGUAGUGGUCUAUCACCGAUUCAAUCAACAUCGUUUUGCAAUGCUACAACUGGUGAACACACAUUAUUAGCAACCAUUAUUAGUGAUAUUUGCCAAUUAGUCAAUGGUGGUGCUCGUAGGAUUAUCCAAUACCUUAAAAUAUUUGAGGAUUGGAAUUGGUUUUUGGCCAUAUCUGAUGUCUUGAGCACUUGA